UCAAGUACUCAAGUACUCAACUCUGCUCGUCUUUCCCAGCAAAAACUCCCAAAAUGAGAAACCUGAAAAAUCAACCAAAAUCACACCUCUCUAAAUCGAUCUUGUUCCUCGCAAUUUCAAUAACAGGCAUUGCAUUCUUAUUCCUAUUCUCUUCUUUUAUUUCCACAACUGGGUUUUAUCUUUCCUCCCCUAAAAUCAACCUCCAUGUCAUCAAUAAACCAAGAACAAUCUCCAUUGAUGAUACCCAGAAGUUCUUGUAUUGGGGUCACAGAGUUGAUUGCCCUGGUAAACACUGCGACACUUGUGCUGGUCUUGGUCAUCAGGAAUCUAGCCUUCGAUGUGCCCUUGAAGAAGCCUUGUUUCUUCAAAGGACUUUUGUGAUGCCUGCUCGAAUGUGUAUUAACCCAAUCCACAAUAAGAAAGGGAUAUUGAAUCAAUCGAGUCAAGCAAGUUCAGAUGAGGGGUGGAUGGCUACCUCCUGUGCAAUGGAUUCUUUGUAUGACUUGGACCUUAUAUCCAAGAAGAUACCUGUGAUUCUAGACAACUCAGAAACAUGGCACCAGGUAUUAUCAACUGGUAUGAAACUGGGUGCCAGAGGUGUGGCUCACGUUCAAGGAGUUAGUCGAGUUGAACUUAAGGAGAAUCCUCAAUAUUCAAACCGCUUGCUUAUAAAUCGAACCGCGAGCCCUCUAGCAUGGUUUGUGGAAUGCAAGGAUAGAUUAAACCAUAGUGCUGUUAUGUUGCCAUAUACUUUUCUUCCAUCAAUGGCAGCCAAGAAAUUUAGAGAUGCUGCAGAUAAGGUAAAAGCAAUGCUUGGUGACUAUGAUGCUAUUCAUGUCCGUCGAGGUGAUAUUUUAAAAACAAGGAAAGAUAGAUUUGGUGUUUUGAGGAGCCGGCAUCCUCAUGUUGAGAGGGAUACAAGGCCGGAAUGCAUUCUUCAAAGAAUUGCAAAAUGGAUCUCACCAGGACGAACCCUUUUCAUUGCAUCAAAUGAAGGGAAACCUGGAUUUUUUUCACCCCUUGGGGUCAGGUACAAAACGGCAUAUUCAUCAAACUACAGUUGGAUAGUGGAUCCUGUGAUAGAGAAUAACUACCAGUUGUUCAUGAUAGAGAGGCUCAUUCUGAUGGGAGCAAAAACUGUCAUCCAAACCUUCAAAAGUGAAGAUACAGAUCUGAGUCUAAGUGAUGACCCGAAGAAAAAUACUGGUGGAUGGAUGAAAGUUGUUAGUACAGAGGGCUGCUGAGGAAUUGAUCUCAGUAUCUUCUACACACCUGGAAUGUAAAAUGUGGCAGAGUUCUGUUAAAACUUUCUCCAACACAGCUGCAGCGUGUUCAUGAGUCAUGACAACAGAUGGAUCUAUUCAAGUGAAACGGAAGAGUUGUUGAGGGGUUCCUACUUUCUAGUUCCCCCUUCCGGAAUAUUGGAUGUAUUGAGCGUAGUUAAGUGAUGCCGUUGUAUAUUCUUAGCUUGUUAUUUAGAGUUUAAACUGUGAAUGAAAAAAACUUCAGCAUGUGUUUCUUUGGAUGAUAUCCCGUUUCUUGUGCUCAUUGCCCAUUGGCAAUAUUUUCAUCAAAGAGCACAAAAAUAUUGGAGGAUGCUAUGUAAAGAGGUUUCUGAGUUAGUCAUGGUAUAUGUAAAGAAGUACUUAAGUUGAGCAAAUGGCUUUUUAUGCCUUUUUGGA